CAUAUCAUCUCACAUCUCCUCAAAGUCUCCGUCCACCAAAAUUGUCUAUCUAUACCGUACACCACUGUGGCCUUCUCCAUGACCACUAUGCCCAAGGUCGACAAGACUGGUCAGCAUGCCCAUCGGCACUCCAUCUCCACGGCUUCCGCAGCAGGCAAUGGUGCGAGAAGUUCGACUUGGACUUCGCAGGAUGACGAUACCCUGAUCAAGGCACGAGCCUCUGGAUUGAAUUGGAACCAGAUUGCGCCCAGACACUUCCCUAACAAAACGCCCAAUGCGUGCCGCAAGAGACAUGAGCGAUUGAUGGAGCGCCAGAAUGCGGAGCAGUGGGAUGGCGUCAAGUUGGAUGUUCUGGCGCAGGCAUACAUGGAUGUCCGGCGAGAAAUGUGGAGUCUCCUCGCAGCCAGGGUGGGAGAGAAGUGGCAGAUUGUCGAGACCAAGUGCAUGGAGAAGGGGCUCAAAAACCUCAAUCAGGCCUACCGGUCCGCACAGAAGAAACAGGGUACUUAUGACGAUGACCACGGUGACAGUGGAAUUGGGCAUUGUUCUGACCUGGACGAAGAACACGAGGAGCGCAUGCCCUCUUCGACGCUUUCGGACGUCUCCGGCCCGGCCUUCACCUACCAACAAACCUACACGGCCCACUCGCACCAUCAGAGGGUUCCCAGCAUCCAGAACAUGCUGCAGUUCCCGGGCCCCACGCAUCCCCUUCAACAUCAUUGAGCGCCUUCUUUUAGUGCUCUGUUUCCCGUUAUUUAUUUUUUGAGCUUUGGCUCACUUCAUGAUUUUUCUCCUUCUUUCUUUUCCGUUGCUUUUCAA